GUGGAUUUGUUAGUUGCUGUUGUGUGACGGGGGUUUUCCACUUGAUGCUUUCAGUUCCUUCUGUCUUUUGUCAGCCUUAAAGGUAAAACCAGUGCGCAGUUCUGUCAUUUACAGUACUGAAACAGCUUUCUACCUGUCCUGAAAUAGUAAGGUAUCAUUUCAUGUUCGUUUGUACUUACUGUAGGUGCAAUGUAUAUGUUUAUGCGUGUGCGUGUUAUUAAUUAAUCUCCAAAUUUGUAUUUUUUUUUUUUAUUUUUUUUUUUCUGUUUACAGGCUAUUGUUUUCGUCAAGAUGUCUAACCCUGACACUCAGUACCAGCCUCUCAUGGGAGCUCCCAGCCAGCAGACAGCGAUCAAUAUCCCAGCACAGGGGUGAGAAACUUCUGUCAGCUUGAUGGGGUCCCAACAUAAGAGCCAAAACCUACCCAUAUAUUGACCUUUGAGUUAAACAUGCUUGACUUAACUUUUUUUUCUUCUUGUGCAAGUACCUUUGACUGGUUGAUGCUUUGGUGGGGGGAAAAAACAUGCCAAUGAUGGGUUAUAUAUGUUUUUAUAUUUUUAAAACUCAUUUAAUGUGUGUCCUGAAUCUUUAAGUGAAUACUACCUAACUCCACUUUGGGAUUUUAAUGUCAAAUGUGUUUUAUUCUGUAGUUUCUGUCACAGUAGGCCUACUUUCAUAUCAGCUGUAGGCUGUAAUAUCCUCUCCAAAAUAACAGUGAAACUCUGACAAAUGUGAUCAAUUUCUUACCCGAGUUUUACGUUUUACUGAGAAAAAGGAAACUGAUUGCUGUCUGAAAAAGGGAAGUUUUAUUAGAAAAAAGUUCAUGAGUUUUACCAAAGAAACUAGUUUUAUAAAUGUUUCUUUCAGAUACAGUCACAGUUCUUUUAAAUGUGUUCUGAGUCAGUAUGUCUGUGACAAAUAUCUUUUAUUACAAUUUUUAAAUAAAACACAACUUCAUCUUCUAUAACAGAAUGGAUACUCGAAUGACAAACCAGUAUUGGAGCAGUAUUUUAGUGACUGUAACAUGGCUUUAAAGUGAAGUUAAAGUAGAGAAAAUAUCAAAAGUAUCUGCUAGACAACAGAUGACAUCCAGACUGAGCUGAUGGCUCUGGUUUCUGUUUGAGAGGAAAAAGCAACGCUCAAACUUACACCUAUGCCCUCUUAUCUUUCAGUUUAAUAAUUUAUGUCUGCUUUAAAUUUAGACAAUGAAAGCCUUGAUCAACUAUGUACUGAUACUCUAGCAGUCACAAAGGCGUAUUUUCAGUCUUUGUUCCCUUUUUAUCUGGGUCAAAACCUGCGGCAGAUGUAAUAUUUCCUCCUCUUUUUCUCCACAACCCUCAUCUGCUCCCAUCUCUUUUUCUCUCCUUACUUCCCAGUGGCCAACCCUCCCGAGCCUAUAAGAUAGCAGGUAUAACCCUGCUGGCCUGUGUCCUGAUCGUGGGUCAGGCAAUGAUUGCGUACUUUCUCCUGAGCCAGAACGGCGACAUCAAAUCUCUGCAGGAGCAGAACAACGAACUGCAAGUUCAGAUGAACAAGGGAAAAUCUGGUAAGGAGGAUACACUCGAGAGGGAAAGUGUUUCGUGCUACAAAGAUCAACUUAAUUUAUCUUUUCAAAUGUCAGUAAAAUCCCCACUGACAUUUGAUAUUACUCAUUAGAUUUCUAAAAUACCAGGGCAGGAGGCCAAGCCAGAUAGACCCAUCCUUUCUGAUUAAGAUGACAGAUGUUUAAACGGAAAAAUAACAUUUAAAUCAGAUCUGGUUUUAUUAAUAAUUUCAUUUUAACUGUAACAAGGAUAAAAUGAAAACCUUCCAAAAAUUUAAUCUUUAUUUGUCUUUAAGACAAAAAUAUUUGAGCAUCAGUUUAAAUUGAUGUAAAGUGAAGCUGUGUUGGACUGAUCGACUUUGACUUUGAAUGCAGACCAGGGUGGAUAUAAGGCUUGAUUUUUAUCUGAGAGGGUUUAACUUUGGUUUUGAUCAUUUGCGUUUUUUCUUCCUCUGACAUGCGGUGCCUUUGUCUGUGUGUAGUUUCAGUUCCCAUGCGCAUGCACAUGCCCAUGAAUGCCUUGACCGAGCUUGUGGAUGACUCAGAGGACAAGGUAAAGUGAUCAAAUGCUGGAUUUUGAGAGUAAUGUGCAUGUCAAAAAGGGUUUUUUUUUAAAUAUCAAGUAAUCUUAGUGCUUUGUAUUAACUCACAUAAAGACUCAGACAUAAUGACAAUAUAAAGUGAAGCUGGCACCAGUAGCUAGACUUCAGUUUGUGCUAAAAUCGAAAGCAUCUUUCUUGCUAACAAAAAGGCUGGUUUGGGAAGAAAUACUUUCUAUUCAGUUGUUCACUGUUCUGAUUUUCACACCUGCUGGUUAACAGAACCAGCUCUUGAAGAUUUUUGUACUUAUUAAACACCAGGACACCAAACUAUGCAAUAAUAUGGCCCAGGUUUAAAAAAAUGAAAAAUACCCCUUCAUAGUGCACUAAUAGUGAUCCAUUUUUCUUUUGUUGAAUAAAUCCUGAUACACAUUUGUAAGAUUGAAUUAAAGAUAUGGUAUUUAUUUAUUGUCACUUUCUGUUUUUGAUUACAGGCAACUGAAAAAGUUGGUACGUACUGUCUGACUUUGAGUCACCCAUCCACAUUUGUUCCCAAAUUUUCCUUAUGAGGCUCACUACAUAUAAGUUAUUUGUGUUUUUUAAUUCCCCUGUUGAGAUUAUUUGAAUGUUUUCCUCUUUUUUUUCUAAUCAGAGGCCACUGAUUGCCAGCUGGAGGCCUCUGGUUUGAAACCUCUGCCUGUGCCCAAUUACCGGCCCAGCUGUGAUGAGCGUGGCCUGUACACCCCUCAGCAGUGCUUCAUGGGGAAGUGCUGGUGUGUGAACACAGCCAGUGGCGUCCAGAUCCCUGGAUCAAUGAGUGACGGAGCUGCCCGCUGUGGUGUGAAUUUCCUCAUUGGUGAGACCAAGACUCAAGUCACUAAGUCAGACAGGGACUUUCCCAGCAUGCCACACUGAGCAAACGUCAUGAACUUUCAAAUUUAAUGCUUUUCGAAGAGUAAUUUUACUUCGCAUUAUCUUAUGGUUUAAACCCACAUUCACCGUAAAUUCAGUCUUUUUUUUACAGUCAUUAGAUAUUUAUUUAAAGCCACUGUGGGAACCUUUGGUUUGUGUGGAUUUUGACGCCCUUUGUGGAGAAAGUGGUCUUUGUUGAUUUUGUCCUGUACUUGUAGUAAGCACUCAUUGAAGAUUUUUCCAAAGUUAAGUAUGCAGUGAUUUCACACAUAAUGAAAUGACAACCAAGAAAUCCUCACUCUCCUGAUCCUGGAGAUCAUAGGAUUUUGUCAUAAAUAGACACAAGUGUUAUUUUCAGUCUGUUUCAUGACCAGCUUCAAACUCCUCGCAGGAUUUGAAAACAAGCAGAACCUGUCAGUCACUUAACAGAUCACAUUCCACCUGAACUAUCCGUCCUGUGUUACAGUUUUGCUUUCUUGACUCUACAGUUUAUCUUCAGUGCAGAUAAAAGAAACUAAACUGAAGUAUAACUCAUAUAUUGUCAUAUACUUGCAUUUCACUGCUAGACUUUCGAUUCAGCUCUAAAGCAGGAUUUAAACCAGAACUAAAUAUUUUCUGUUUCUAAAAGUGAAAUCUUGAAUUUGAGCUGGAAUUCAGUCGAUGAACAAAUUUCUGUCUUUGCAGGCGGCCCCAACAAGGUGUUGACUCUGCCUAAAGUUGAUGCCUAAAACUGUGGUGAGUAAACACUUUCUUCAUUGACAAUAUGAGCAGUGCUUUGUGUAGUGCAUUUUGAUAAACUGUAACUACAUUAAAUCUGUAAUAGAUUCUGUGUAUGUUGUUCAGAAUUAAAAAGACCUUCUUCCCUGCUUCAGAUAUUUGAUAUUUGCUUAUGAAAAUGUGAGAUGAUGCUAAAACUUUGCAUUGACUUUAUUCUUUCUGUUUCUGCUUCUUGGAUAAAGGAAGCUGAUGGAACUUCCCCCAGCGAACAGCAACAGUCUGACAUCAGUCCAAAUCAUAUCUUUGCAACAGCUUUGUAUGCUAAUACUCAACUUAAUUUUGAAGACUAUUAUGAACCUUUGGGGUUUCAUAAGGCACAGAUUAUAAACAUUUUAUUAAGCUUUUGAUUAAGUGUCUACUUUUAGCAUUGCUUUGGGAAGUAAGGAAUUUAGUGUGCUUUUAUUUUCAGACUUAAAAAGAUUUUUGGGGGGAAUGUUUUAGUUUGCUAAAAAAAAAAAAAAGUCUUAGUUGGAAAGUUUCUAUAGAAAAAAAGAUUGGAAAAUUUGACCCAGAGCAAAAAGCAGAUUGGAAAAUGGUAGCGUUUCAGUGAGAAAUUAUAAUUUCUUUACAAUUAUUAAAACAUAAUCUCUAUAUUUAUACAUUCAAGAUCCAGUAACCUGGGUCUUCUUAAACCUAGAGCUAAGUGGAUGAAACAGUUUUAAAAAUACUGACUCAGAUUCAAACAUAAUGCAACCAGGAAUGAUCGACUUUUUAGACAACUGUACUUUCCUCCAUUUAUUUUAACAUCCAAAAUAAAACUUUUAAAGACA